AUGGGAUCUCUUAAAAAGAGUACAGGCCUUGUUGGCAUGGCAGUAGCGCCAAAUGCCCAUCACACACUUGGUUCUCUGUAUGGCAAAAUUUUGAGAGUCCUACAAAAAAUGCCUGAAUCCGCUGGUUAUAGGAAACAUACUGAACCACUUAUUCGUGAGAGAGCUGCUGUGUUGACACAGACUAAAGAUGUGUAUGAACUGGAAUCAAAAAUCAACUGUGGGCAAGCUGAGGAACUGAUUAUCCAGGCUGAAAAUGAAUUGAACUUGGCUAGAAAAAUGCUGAACUGGAAGCCAUGGGAACCACUUGUAUCUGUUCCACCCAAAGGCCAAUGGGACUGGCCUCCUACCAAAUCUUAA